AUGUCUGUGGUCCCCUGCUGCUUUCUACUCCAUCCACACCCCAGGUCGUCACCUCCAAACCUCUGCCUCUCCUACAAAGGGGGGAACUACCCCACACGCCCAGCCUCUGUUCCUACUUCUAGCCCCCCCCAACCCAGCUCAUCCCGACCAGAACCACCGUCAGGUCCAUCAGACCACCUCCUGCUCAGGGCGCCAGCUCCCAGUUCUUCCCAUCAAGACUCCUGUACAGAGGAGGCCGACCUGUCCACCUUUGAUCAGGUCUUCACAGCAGCAGUUCAGUGUGUUGGUGUUCAUAUGAGUAGCAGUGAUGAGCAGCAGAAGCCGCAGGUCCUGGAUGAGAAACUGCAAAGACUGGUGAACGAGUUUGGAUCAAACAGCUGGCCUUCAGUUUCUCUUCAUUUCAAAGGUCAGAGGUCAGUCGUGGACUGUCAGCAGAGGUGGCAGCAGAUAAAGAAUCCAGAGCUGGUUAAAGGUCCCUGGACUCAGAAGGAGGACGAGAGGGUGACCGAGCUGGUCCAUAGGUACGGCGUGAAGCGCUGGUCGCUCAUCGCCAAACACCUGCUCAGUCGUAACGGGAAGCAGUGCCGCGAGCGCUGGCACAACCACCUGAACCCGACGGUGAAGAAGAGCGGCUGGACGCUGGAGGAGGACCGCAUCAUCUGUCAGGCCCACAGACUGCUGGGAAAUCGCUGGGCCGACAUCUCCAAACUGCUUCCCGGCAGGACGGACAACUCCAUCAAAAACCACUGGAACUCCACCCUUAAGAGGAAGGUGGAGAAGGAGGGAUACCUGCAGGUCCUACACCUCCACAACUCCUCCUUCACCUCCAACACUUUCAACUCCUCCUUCAGCUCCUCCAGCUCCUCAUUCAGGACCUGCGGCCCCCCCAGCACAGCCAACGUUCCCGCUGAGGCAGACAGUCUGUCCACUGUGAAGGACGAGUCCAGCUGCACCUCAAGCGAACCGAGCAUGUGCCGACGCCAUCGUAGCCACGCCCAACGGUGCUCCACCUGUGUCCCCGCCUCCUCCUCGGGUUACGACUCCUCUCUGAGCGCAUGCGAGCUGACAGCACCCACGGAGCUGAUGGAAGCGUUGAACCAGACUUCAUCACAGAACGUAGAGACCUGGAACCGCAGCCCAAAGGAAGUGACCUCAUCACUCCCCACCUGCCUGUACAGAGAGGACGCCGACCCGUCGGUCGUUGAUCUGAGCAGGACCUACGUUGCAGGUAUGAAGGAGCAGCUGAUGAACAGUGAGGAUGGAGCCUCCUUCGUGGACUCGUCCUGCAGCAGAACCGGCCUGGUGGGAGCUCUGAGCUUCUCACCCUCCGAGUUCUUCAGUCUGUGUGGUGUUGAGGAUCUGAAGUUACAGCGUCCGGCUCUCACCUCCACCCCCGUCUGUGCCCUCAAACACUCCAACGACACCAACCAGGACGACUCCUGUCUGCACUACAGCAACAACUUUGCCACCCAGACCCCGACAGAGAUCAGAGAGAAGAUCAGAGCGUUGUGGAUGUCGGAUCCUCAAACCCCAACACCGCUGAAGAUCCAUAACAGCAGUCAGGACGAGGUUUCAGUUUGUGCGAGCAGGAAGGUGAAUCUGACGUGGGAGGAGCGGAGUGUUGAUCCAGACAGUCAACAGUCCAGCAGCAGCUCUGAGGUCCAGGGGGAGAGUCUGCUGAGCUCCAUUCUGCAGGUCCAGGCAGAGUCCAGCGCUGUUUCACAGGGCCAGGGAGAGUCCAGCUCGGUCCAGCAGCAGGUUCAGGAGGAGUCCAGCUCUGUCCUUGGCUGUUUCCCGUUGGAUGGACAGGUGGAGGUGUGGUGGUGUCCGCAGCCGGUUGGUUACCUGCACUCUCAAUGUCCGGCAUACAGACUGAACCCCUUCGAGCUGAGCGGUGAGUUACAGGUGGUGAUAUUUGGACGAACAGACGAUCAGAUGAGUUUGACAGAGCAGGCCCGACUCUACGUGGAGCCCUGAUCCUCAUCACCAGCACCAGGCGAGAAACCUGCUUUUAUCAUCAUCAUCAUCAUCACCAUCAUCAGCAGCAGCAGCAGCGGCGCUUCAGACCACACUGACCUGAGAAAGAAACCUGACGCCGAGUCAGUCUGUUUUUAUCAUUUUCAGUCUUCAGUCUGUUGAGUCUGCCUGUGAAUCAUGAGUAAGUAUUUUAAUGAUUUUACAUUUAAUCAGAUUUUAUUCUUCACUGC